GUGCGAUUUGCGAGAGAGGUUGCACGCGUGACUUGAACAUAGAUUCCAAAGAGACAAGGGGCCUGGCGGUUAGGUCAAAUCUUUGACAAGGUCGUUUCUCUCACCGACACGCUGCUACCGGAUCCCCUCUUCUUCCCGGCAUCCCCUCAAAAGGUCAGCUCUGCCGAAUUCAAACCGAGCGACCCGAGUCCGAUUCUCGCGCACCAAAACCUAUACAUUCUGAAGAAGAAUACCAUCAUGGCAGAUUGGGAAAAGAGAAGAAGCCACCAGUCGAGCCGCGAGACUGGAGACCCGUCUUCGUCACGCAGCCAUCGGUCGUCGAGAUCUGCACAUGCCCAGAGGCAUGCUCAGUCUUCUAAGACCUACAAAAGCUCUUCGUCCUCUAAAAAAGACGUUUAUCCCGAAUUCGAGAGAAGUGACAAGGUCGAUCGGAGGUCAGAAAAGAGGAAGGAGAAGACGCCAGCCGCUUCUGACGGCGAGUAUGAUGUCGAGUACCAUUCAGAUGCGAAUCAGUAUGGGAGCGGUGAGGAUGUGGAAGACUCUGUAAAAAGAGAGAGAGACCAGGCGCGAGAGGCAAAGUUCAGAGCGGAGGUAGCUGCUUCCAACACGAACAACUAUGUCCGUGAUCAUCGCUCGCACGGGAGCCAAGCAGCAUUCCUUGAUUCGAAGUCAUCCUCGGACCGGAGAAAGCGGGAGAGGGAAAGGGUCAUAUAUGAUGUUGAUAAGUUUCAGAAAAAGCGGUCUGGGGCAUGA